AUGACAAAUACACAUGGUUAUCGGCGUGGCACGCGUUAUAUGUUUGCACGGGGUUUCCGGAAGCACGGAGUAGAACCGCUUUCUACAUAUUACCGUGUCUAUAAGAGAGGCGACAUUGUUGAUAUUAAAGGCAAUGGUGCUUUUCAAAAAGGAAUGCCAUUUAAGGCAUAUCAUGGACGAACUGGUCGGGUCUUUAAUGUUACAAAACACGCAGUUGGAGUUAUCGUGAAUAAACGAGUUCGAAACCGAAUAAUUGCAAAACGAAUUAAUGUGCGGAUUGAGCAUGUUAGACCAUCAAAAUGCCGCCAAGACUUCUUGAAUCGUGUUAAAGAAAAUGAGCUGAAAAAGAAGAGUCACAAGGAAACUGGAGUAUGGACACCUACUGCCCGCAAGCCUGAAGAACCAAGGAAAGCUCAUUUAAUAAAGACGAAGCGUAAUAAACCUCAGUUGUUGCGUCCACUGAAGUUCGAAAUAGUCGCUUAG